AGCGUCAAAGUCACGGAUCACGAGACUGGAGAAAUGCUGGAGUUAGAUGUGCCCGAAGGGCGGUACAUUUUGUUCGAAGCUGAGCAGCAAGGAUGGGUACUUCCGAACGCGUGUCGCAUGGGCGGGUGCACAAAGUGCGCGGUGAAAAUUAGCAAAGGCUCGUUGGAGCAACCCGAAUCUUUGGGCCUAUCCAAAGAACUCAAGGACCAAGGCUACGCGUUGCUGUGUGUCGCUACCGCGACGGAAGACGUCGAGUGCGUGACUCAGGACGAAGAGGAGGUGUACAUGAAGCAGUUUGGCAAAUCUUUCGCCGAG